AAAGGGUCCAUCUUUCGACGUCUUCUGCGUGGCGGAGGUCCACACAGUGAUUAUUCCAUCCGCCGCUCUGAACAGGGUGCUGGACUAAUGCUACUACGCAAGGAUGUCGCGCUUAAGGGCGGGCUGCACGCCAUCGGCUGACGCCGCCUUGCACGUCAUCGAGCGGGAGAAAGGGCCUUGGUUGGAGGGGCAGAGGGGCAGUCCAGGGAGCACUCCGAAUACAAAAGCCUGAUCCUCUUCCACCAUCCAGCUCAUCAAUCUACGACCUUGAAGCCAAACUGCACAAUACAAUAAAGACCGAAAACCCUUCUCACACAGCUCUUCCUAAACGAACAUUCAAAAUGCCUACCGUCAACGUUACCCUCAAGUCGGGCGCGAACGCAUCUGAGCUCGAGAAUGCUAAGAAGACUGUCACCGACAAGGGCGGAAAGAUCACCAACGAGUUCAAGCUGAUCAAGGGAUUCACUGCCGAGUUCCCAGCGGACAGUGUCAGUGCAUUGGAGACGAACGAGCACAUCACCGUCGAGGCCGACUCCGAAGUCAAGACCCAGUAGAGAAAGAUACCCAGCUGUCCGCCCAGCACACCUGAACUCCACCUUCGAUUCUAUAUAUUAUACUCGGACACGAUGGUGUGCGUGGCAAUGGUGUGCAUGCAAUGCUUCUAGAAGCUCUUCUGUUGCCUUAAGAACUUGUAAUAUAUCGUUGCCUUGAACGAUUCAGCAGAAUAUCAGAUACCACUCUAGAACUAUUGAAUAAAGUGUCUUAUGAGAACGAAAGUGCCUCUACAGAUGUGUGCACAGUCAUAGCUGCGUCAACACAUUUUCAAUGAGGUGAAUGGCGACGGCUUAUCAACUUAAAUGAUCGGUAAACUCGAUGAGUUCACCUCGCACUAUAACCAAUAGGGAUAUAGGCUCAAUGAAUACAACGAUCAACA